CCGAGCGCACCGCGGACCCGCGGCAGCCCCUGCGCGGCGGUCGCCGCCUCCCCGCUGACCCCCGCGAUCUGAGGCUGUCAGAGAUGACUCUGGUUCUGUCCAUGAAUAGAUUCUGCGAGCCCAUUGUCUCGGAAGGGGCUGCCGAAAUUACCGGGUACCAAACACUAUGGGAAGCUGACAGCUACCGAGGCCCCAGCCCCCCAGGGCCAGCGCAGGCUCCUUUGCAGGGAGAUCGGGGAGCCGGCCCCCCACUGGCAGGAUCCCAUUACAGGGGAAUUUCAAAUCCUUUAACAACAUCCAAGAUCUCAUACUUUAAGAGGAAAUAUGUGGAGGAAGAGGAUUUCCACCCACCACUCAGCAGCUGUAGCCAUAAAACGAUCUCCAUUUUUGAGGAGCGAGCCCACAUCCUUUAUAUGUCCUUAGAAAAGCUCAAGUUUAUUGAUGAUCCUGAGGUGUACCUCCGAAGAUCUGUCCUCAUCAACAACCUGAUGAAAAGGAUCCAUGGAGAGAUCCUCAUGCAGAACAACUGGUGCUUCCCUGCCUGCUCUUUCAAUGGCGCCUCCGCCCAAGAGUGGUUCAUGGCUCAAGACUGUCCUUACCGGAAACGACCACGGAUGGCCAAAGAGGAGUGCGAAAAGUUCCAUGCCUGCUGCUUUUACCAAGAAUGUGGUGGUCACUACCUAAAUUUGCCUCUUUCUGUAAAUGCUAGUGUUGGAAGUACCUCCGCCGCUGCCUCCUCUUCCUCUUCCUCCUCAUCUUCCUCUUCCUCCUCUCCCCCUCUGCCUUUGCCAAGCUGUUCCCACCAGGUGGAUUUCCACGUGGGCAGUGCACCUAUUUACAAGAGUGAUGGCCAGAUACCUGCCAAUGAAAUCUUUGUCACUAAUGUCAGGUCGCUUGGUGUCCAGGAAAAGGCCAAAUUAAAUGAUGAGAAAGCAAAUCACGAGACCAACAGAGAUGGUGACCCCCUCAGCCAUGAACCUGUGGGAAAUGACCUUGAUUUUGAAUGCAAAGGCCAAUUUUAUGAUUACUUUGAGACUGGAUAUAAUGAAAAAAACAAUGUGAGCGAGUCUUGGAAAAAGUCUUUAAGGAAAAAGGAGCCUUCGUCAAGUAACAAGCUGUGCUGUAGCAAAGGAAAUAAAAUAUGAGCCAUCUUCUCGCCAAAACUUUGAAGCAUGCACAGCACGAUCAAUUAGCUCUCAUAAAUUUUAUUUUGAAUGGAUUUUAUAGUUUUGUACAACUGAUGAAAUUAUGCCAUGAACAUGCCAUGUCGUUUUAAUGCCUGGAGAACAGAUUGCAGAAAACAUCUGUAGUAGGCAUCAGCGAGCUACUUAGAAAUGUGGUGAUUUUUUUUUUUUCUUUUUACCAAGAAAACAGUUGACGCAAUGCUUAAAAGUAUAUCUUAGUUUUCUUACCAAAAACAAAGUCAGUAGACUAGAUUGGGGGAUUAUGUGACCUUGUGAUAUUUUUCAUUGUCUCCCAAGAAGCCUGUCAUUAGAUAAGAAAGUUCAAUACAUUUGCCAAUUAAUUAAGUCAUUCUUUGGUAAGCAAAUCAAGAUAACCAGCAAAAGAUGGUCUGCUUCUUCAAUUAUGAUGCAGUAUUUUUUUUCUAAAUAAAAGACUGAAGACAGAGAGCUAGAUGAAAUGGCUUCGCAGCACUAUUAAGUAUUUGUAUCUGACAGUCUCUCUGUGACAGAGGAAAGUAGGAUGGGACAUAAUGAAACACCUGUUUAGGGGAGCAAUCAACAGUCUUGGAGAGGGGUAUUCCCUGGGAAUUCCUGACUUCACUGUAGCUUACGGGUGAUGAAGCUUUUAGUGAGGUGGUAUACAGGGCGAUUUUUGGUGCCUUACUUUCUCUUAAUUUUUGCCAAUGUGAAAAUUAAGGAUAAAUCAGAGUUACAGCAGGGAUUUAACAAAGAGGAAAAGAAAAACACACAUAUAUACACACAAACAAAAAAAAUCACAGGGUGGAUCUGUAUGGUUUGGAAACUGUUAACUUUGAACUAUUGUGUUCGACUUUUGAUUCAACAUCUCUAUUCUUCUUUUCUUUUUUAUGCCCAGUUGCUUUGGGUUUGACAUUGGGAAGAGGGCUUAGAGGAGACAAUAGAGCGAGAGCUAUUAGGAUCCAGCACUAGCUGCUUGAGAGUUUCUGUGGUAACAGUCUGGUCUGUUGCUGGGGUUUGGGUUUUUUGGGUUUGGGAUUGUUUUGUUUUGCUUUUGUUUUCUCUUGUCCAAUGAAGUUCAUGAACCCCGUGGCAUGCAUUAUCCUUUAAUCUGUUUUUUGCAUCAUUUCACUCGUUUAGAUUAUAAAAGCAUGUGGUUUUUUAUAUAUGACUUUUUGCUGUUGAUUAAGAAGCACAAUGUUAAGAAAUGAUGUGGUGAUCCAUAAGGUUUUAUCUUAAAGAAUGUAAAGAUGCUUAGUUUUUGAAAAGUUAUUUUGGAGAAAUGGGACUUGGGGUGGAAUAGUGACUAUGUAUGUAUUUGGCCAAUAUUCUCCUCCAUUUGAAAGAGUGUCAGAGUAGGGCUCUGACCACCUUUCUUCCGUUCACUCCAGCCAACUCCUUCCACUAAACUAAUUCCUAUUGCCAAGAUCACUAAUUGACUUGGACCUCCGUAACAAUACUUCACAGGAACCAAAUGCCAAACGGAGGAAGUAGGUAAGACCUCCCAGUUUCUCCAAGAUAAAGCUUUGUUCUUAUUAUGGCUAUUAAUAUUAAAUAUGGGUCUCAUUCAUACAGUGUAUGAGUAGGAUCAUUUGGACAAUUGUCCGCAAGGACCAAUUUUUAAAACAUGUUCUUGUGUUAUAGCUAAAUAGUCUAGUAAUGUUUUGUCCUUUAUUUUCAAUAUUUGAUAAACAUUUGAUGUUGAAAAUUUAGACAAUAGAUGCCUGUAUAUGAAUGUGUUGUAAUAAAGUGAGGUUUUCUUGAUAUAUAUUUAUUAAAAUGAUCAAAAUUCA